UGUAAAUACAAGGUGUAUGUAAAUAAAUUGCGGUUUAAGUUGCAUCAAACUAUUUGAUUUUUUAUGGUCUCCAAUUAGCUAAAGUAUAUAAAACGUAGUUUACAUGUUGAUGGGUAUUAGCAAGUAGGAGAGACUUGCUUUUAACAAAUGCUGCUUAAAAAAAAAGGUAUCCAAAGGAUGAAGAGUAGUAAGUAAUGAAUGAAUAUUAAAAAAUCUAUUAUGUGGAACAUAAUUUGUGUGGUGUUUGUAUCAAUUUUGACCAGUGUUCUGUCUCGAAAUGAGCCCAAAAAUGAUCCCAGAAAUAAUGGAGAGCUUGCCUUAUGGAUUGAUGAAAAACAAGUCAAAAUGUUCAGUGGUUUUCCCAUGGAAAUUUAUGCAAUUGUGAAUGGAAAUGUGCUACCCUACAUAUUAGAACCAAAUUUUGAAAAACACUUGCCUGUCAUUCCAUCAGAAGUCAGUUAUGUGAACUUUACAUGGAAAGCUGGCAGAAAGAAGUACCACUACAAUUUUGACAGGCUUCAGUCUUAUGACGAGAGUGUUUUGGAAGCCCCUGUAAUAUCCAUUAAAACUAGAGGAAGGGUGCCAAAAAAACCCAAGGAAUUCAGCAUAUUCCUACCUUGUUUAGGCAACAGUUCCGGAAUCGCCAAUUUCGGCAUUGGACUGCUUAUAGAAAGAAAAGGAAAGCCUUUAAAUGGCACCCCACUGAGGCUCAAACUAAGAAAAGAAUGCGCCCAUAGAAGCCCAGACCCGGAGUGCGACAAAAAAUGCGCUAAUCAAGGCUGGUGCAACCACGACAAAAUCUGCCAGUGUCCUGAAGGGUAUAUGGGUCAAUAUUGCCGCACUGCGCUAUGUUACCCCCAAUGCAUGAACGGGGGUAACUGUACUUCACCUGGGGUUUGCAGUUGCCCACCUGGUUUUCAAGGCAGACAUUGCGAGGGCGGUAUAUGCGGGCAAAAGUGCCUCAAUGGGGGUAAAUGCGUUCAAAAGGACACCUGCGAAUGUUCCAAGGGCUACUAUGGACCACGCUGCGAGUUUUCUAAAUGUAUAAUACCUUGUUUAAAUGGGGGUAAAUGUAAGGCUACUAAUAAAUGUAAGUGUCAACCAGGGUUUAAAGGGGAUCAUUGUGAAAUUGGAAGGGCAAAACCCCACAGAAGCAACUGCAAGUUGGUUUGUAAACAUGGUACAUGUGUUGAUAAUGGUUGUGUUUGUGAUCCAGGUUGGUAUGGACGAUUAUGUCAUCAUAAUACCAUGUGAAAAAUUAAUAAAAAGAAAAAAUGACAUGUUACUUAAUAUUUUUAAGUACCUACAAAUACUUAAAUAAAGCUUACAUUUAUCAAGUGCAUAUACUCAAUGUUUAUUAUUAUUAUUUUAAUAAUCAAACGUAAAAGGUGCCAAAUUGUGAAUAUUUUUUGAUGAUUAUUUAUGUUGAAAUCGUUUUUACUUGUAUUUUGCUUGUGAUAAUAAUAUUAAUUUUAGUAAAUGUAUUUUUAUAUCUAUAUAUUGACAAUAAAAAAAUAAUUUUUAGUA